GGCCCAGUAUAUGUAUAUAUGUCCAGGCAAUCUCUCAUAUGAAAGCAAGGACUAAGACUUGUGAUUAUAGCUGACUCGGACAAAGUUUCUCAGAACGUGAAAAGAAAAAUCAAAAGGUCAAAACAAAAGGACACAUCAUGUAACUUAUGUACGGCACAACAACCGCCCCCAGCCUCAGUCCACACACGCACACACACCACAGAGCGACAAGAGUCCACACUGAGCAUCUCAGAAUUGUAGAAUGAACCGACACGUAUACGGUAUAUAUUCGACCGACCACAGCAGCGACAGAGACAAACCACGACGCUUCCCCUUCAUAGCGUCCGCCUUCACGCCUACAUGCACCAGUUGGCUGGAUCGCGCAGGACCUCGAGCGAUCAAGCGAGGAGCAUCUUCCUCGGGUCUUCGAUGUACUCCUUGACUUUCACUACACAAAGCAAAGUAAAGCAAAAGCAUCAUCAGUCAGCCGACGCUCGUGAUCCGCAUGCAACAGUAAGGAAAACAACAAAAGAAAAGUAGAAGAGGAAGCAAUGAAUUGAAUAGAUCCGGCAGGGAACAAAGCAACGGGAGACGGUCCGUGAGAUGUUGUAUAUUUGCAUGCGACGUCCCAAUCAACGACACCGCCACACCACGCCACACCAAUUGUUCACAGCAAAUCUUGGUCGGCGUAACGCCGAUCAGGAUCAAACUUAUCCUCCCCAACUAUCAAACCGGGUAGACAAGCUACAAGGUUUAGUUCUCGUAUAUCCAGCAACCGUAGUCAUCCGCCCAUUUCGUCCAUUCUGUUCUCUUCUGCAUCAGAAGGCAUCCCAUCGAGACAACAGCUUGAAGUCUAGCUUCGUUCGACCACCCCACUGCCCACACCAAGCGACCCUCCCACUCAUAGGUACUUGGGGUAGCAAGGCGCAAGAGGACAACCUUCCAAGCGGAUCAUAAUGCGGAUACAUGCAGUGCUGCCCCAAAACAAGCCCAUUGCGACUGGAUGGGCAAGCCACCGCAUGCGCUAUUUCGAGCUCGAACGCGACAGUCACACGACACGCAUGAGUGGCAGUGAGAGCGUGACAUCGACAGGUUCGUUCGUCAGGCCUCUACACGGUCGGCGUCCCCGUAAGGAGAACGUCGGAGAGUGCAUGCCCUCAGAAGGAUGAGUUACGCAGUGUGAAGCAAAACUGGAGUGCCA